AUGGUCGACGUACUGGGCUCUUUGGCGUGCAAUGACGACAAGUUCUCCCUGUGGUUUAUCAACGGCAAAGCACUGGGGUUCAAUUGGUCACUACUCGAUGGAACGCUGUCCAUGCCCUCUGAAAAAAUAACGAAGGCACGUACUCGCGUUCUCGAAGUGAUCAACGGGACUCAUACGACGAGGCACCAGCUGGAUCAACUGCUAGGCAGUCUGCGCCAUGUCACCACGUGUGUUCGGCCUGCAGCAGCGUUUUUCCAGCGCGUUGCGACGCUACAUCGCUCUGCGACUCGCUAUGGUCGGGUUAAGAUCACCGAGGACGUGCGCGAUGACUUGAGAUGGUUCCUCGUAAUUUUGAAAAUCGCACCGCUGAACGGCGUGGCAUUUGACCGGUUUGUGGAUAGAGUUGAUCCUGACUUCACUAUUCUUAUGGACGCAUGCGACGUUGGGUUGUGCGCUGCCUUUCCGGCUCGAAAGGAGUAUGUUCUGGUCCAGUUUGAUGAAGAAGAGCUGGGCGCAAUAUCGGAGCUCAAGCAUCAGACAAACGACUUCGAUAUCAAUGUGCGUGCACGUACCAACCGAAUUGAGGAAGCCCUCGAAGCUUUGGGGGCAUUAUUGCGCGCUGGCGCUCUAGCCGAGACGUCAACGAAGAGCUACGCGUGA